UUACAACAAAAUAUUAAUAGCCAUUUAAUGGCCAGUGGUGAUGACGAACGGCUGGCCCUAUCCAACCGUUUCCUGCAGGAAGGCCUGGACGUAACAGUGCUAACUGAUGGCCAAAAAUUACCGCACUGUUGGCGAUGGCUGGUCGACGCCGAAACCAAUUGCCAAUCGUUGCGCCGGCAGAUCGACAAACUUCAUCGACAACAUGAACAGGAUCUCAAGGAGGUAGAGGAAUAUCUAGAGCAUGUAUGGAAAUUAUCAAACGAUAGACUACAACAAUUGGAUACAGAAAAUAAAAGUCUAAAAAAACAAAUACUCGCCUAUAAAACCAAUAAUAAUAAUAAUAAUAAUAAAAUUAUCGAUAAUAAUGAUAAUAAUAAAGGACAGUCAUAUUUAAGCAAUGGUAGCUUAUCAUCAUCAUCAUCGCCGUCAUCAAUGAUGGCACCGGUAGUCAAACAAAAUAAUAAUAAUAUCGACAAUCUAUGCGAUAGUUUGAAAUUAAAGUCUAAUACAACUACUAUUAAUAAUAAUAAUAAUAAUAGUAAGACAUCAUCAAAGCUUAUCAUACAAAAGUAA